UCACAAACGCAAAAAGUUCAAAUAAACGUAUUUACAUAAACGAAAAAUUAGGAGAGAAAAUCGCAUUUGAAACGAAAGUAAACGAACAUGGACAUCAGACCGACGACACUUUGGCCACGGAUGAAUCUCGUUGUACUUGUCAAUGCCCAUAUUCAGCGCUACAUGAGAGUUUACAAUCCGACAAUCUGGGACACCGUGAGUAGGAGGGAGGACAGUGAGGAACUGGAUUUACCCGAUGUGUAUAUCUGCUUUUGACGCGAGUUAGUUUCUUGUUUUGGAUGACCGCUUAUUCACCCGCCUUUAAAAUGGAAGUGUAAAAGCCUACACGCGCUUAAUUGGAGUUUAUUCCAUAGGAGCCCGUUGAUAUAUUAGAGGUGAGGUCGCAGUGUGUGAUUAUAUCGAGGCAGUGUUUCCGAAUACAGAUUAUUACACUUAUCCCGAAUAGAUUUUCCUCAGCACUGCACAUGCAUGUCACCCGGCUCUGUUGAAGCUUCACAUCGAUUCCCUGGUAGCCAUGGGCUUGUUGGUGCUCUCUAAUACCACAUACUUGGUUUCUGAGUGAUUAAACUGCCGUGUCAUGAUUGAAGACGCGCGCAGUGAAGAACCAAACAAAGUGCCACAAUUCGGAAAGCUAGCUCGCACCUGGUUCAGAAACAUCAAUCCUCUUGUCUGUCUGUGCAAAUCCUGAGCCGCGUGGAUAUUGCAUAUCGAAGUCAGAGAAAGAGAAGGGGGGAGGGAGUUAGUGUCGGGUGAUUUCCUCCCCUCGCCAAAUUUCUGUCCGGGAGUCGUUGACACUCCUUCAUAACCCUGCUUUUUCGCGCAGAUGGCCAAAGCGCCGUGGGCACAGAAGUCUCCAAACCCCAGAAUUCUACUUACCGCACCCCAGUAGACAGACCACCGAGAUAGAGGAUGAGACCAUAAAAUAGCCUAGUGUUAAUUGUAGUUAUUUCAAUGAAUUCAUGAAUAUAGCCGUAUGGUUUUCUUUCCUACACCUUUGUGCAAACUCAUCUACACUCUAUGUGCACGUCCCCGGUACCAGCUGCACAUCCCCAGCCGGCUUUGGUGAUGCCAUGCCCCGCAACCACAGUGGCGAUGAGGCCGGUACUGGGCUCUGGAUGAAUACCUCCCCAGGGCGUCGGGCUCAGGACUACGGGUUGAAAGAUGUGGAGUCUGGACGGAGGAUGAUGAACAACGCGGUUCGAGUCGGAGACAGGAUGCUUUCGCUAGGCCCUGCAGGUGCAGACGGCGCGGAGAGGCAAAAGGGCGCCCGGAUGAGUUUGCUCGGGAAGCCGCUCAUCUACAGUGCGCAGAGCGGGCGCAGGAAUGUGCGCUACCGGCGUCUGCAGAAUUACCUCUACAAUGUGCUGGAGAGACCCAGGGCAUGGGCGUUCAUCUACCACGCCUUCGUGUUCAUCUUGGUGUUUGGCUGUCUGGUCCUGUCAGUGUUCUCCACAAUCCCUGCCCAUCAAGACCUGUCCAACCACUGUCUGCUCAUCCUGGUGAGUGAGUUUGUGAUGAUCGUGGUGUUUGGGCUGGAGUACAUCAUCAGGAUAUGGAGCGCAGGCUGCUGCUGUCGCUACAGGGGAUGGCAGGGACGCCUCCGCUUUGCCAGGAAACCCUUCUGUGUCAUAGACAUAAUUGUCCUCAUAGCUUCCAUUGCUGUGGUGUCCGCUGGUAGCCAAGGUAACAUCUUUGCCACCUCAGCAUUGCGUAGCCUUCGCUUCCUGCAGAUCCUGCGGAUGGUGCGUAUGGACCGCAGAGGGGGCACUUGGAAACUACUGGGAUCUGUAGUCUAUGCACACAGUAAGGAGUUGGUGACAGCCUGGUACAUUGGGUUCCUGGUGCUCAUCUUCUCUUCGUUCCUGGUCUACCUCGUGGAGAAGGAGUUCAACAAAGACUUUGCCACCUAUGCCGAUGCUCUGUGGUGGGGCACGAUCACCCUGACAACUAUCGGUUAUGGAGACAAGACUCCUCAGACAUGGACAGGUCGUCUGAUCUCAGCUGGCUUUGCUCUGAUGGGAAUCUCCUUCUUCGCCCUGCCUGCCGGUAUCCUGGGCUCAGGUUUUGCCCUGAAGGUACAGGAACAGCACAGACAAAAACACUUUGAGAAGAGGAGGAACCCAGCAGCCAGCCUCAUCCAGUGUGUCUGGCGUAGUUAUGCUGCUGAUGAGAACUCGGUUUCCAUAGCUACCUGGAAGCCUCAUUUGAAGGCGUUGCAUACCUGCAGUCCUGCAAAGAAAGAACAGGGCGAGACAACUAGCAGUACAAAGUUGAGCUUUAAGGAGCGGGUACGGAUGGCAAGCCCUCGCGGCCAGAGCAUGAAGAGCCGCCAGACAUCCAUCAACAAUGACCGACGCUGUUCCCCAGGCAACGAUGUGGCGGGCGCUAACACGGGAACCAGCCCUGCUAAGGUGCAGAAGAGCUGGAGCUUCAAUGACCGCACACGCUUUAGACCCUCUCUGCGCCUUAAGAGUCAAUCACGCACCACGCCCUCCGAGGUGGACACAGGAAUGGGGAAUGAUGACGCAUUCGGCGACAGAGUUUGCCACUGUGAUGUCACCGUGGAAGACCUAUCAGCUCCAUUGAAGGCUGUCAUCAGAGCCGUCAGGAUCAUGAAGUUUCAUGUUGCAAAGAAGAAGUUUAAGGAGACUCUGCGCCCGUAUGAUGUGAAAGAUGUGAUAGAACAGUACUCUGCAGGACACCUGGAUAUGCUCUGCAGAAUCAAGAGUCUACAGACUAGGCUGGACACCAUAGUGGGUCCUCCUCAGCAGCAGCUGCUGAGUCCCAGAGUCAAGACCUUUUCCUCCCCCUCCCUGCACUUAUAUUACAACCAGGCCAGGAGGAAGUCCAUGCCAGGGACGAAGUCUGUCCCAGGACUGGCCACUGGACUGGGUCCCACACUGGGCAGCAAACCUGGGAACAUGUCCUCCCCCUCCCUGCAAUUAUAUUACAGCCAGGCCAGGAGGAAGUCCACCCCAGGGAUGAAGUCCCCAGGGGUGGAUCAGAUACUGGGUAAGGGCCAAAUCCCCAUCGACAAGAAGAUCAGGGACAAGCUGCACCCUGACAGGGAUACUCUGGAGGACAUGAGCAUGCUGGGACGUGUGUGUAAGGUGGAAAGACAGGUGACGUCCAUAGAGUCAAAGCUGGACUCUCUGCUGGAUGUGUACAGGCAGGUGUUACAAAAUGGUUCGUCUGCCCUCACCCUCUCCUCCCUGCCCCUGUUCGAGCUGGAGCACCAGACCUCCGACUACCGAAGCUCCAUCCUCAGCAAGGACCUGUCCUCUGGCUCCCCCCAGGGAGAGGAGGGCAGAGGGGGGCAUGAAAGUGGUGGGGGGAUGUCCCGGUCAACAACAGGCCAUCUCUCCAGGGGCCUCCAGCUCAUCCUGGCCCCCAGCGAGCUCACCCUCAACACCUGCCCCCCGUCCUACCCUGCCUCCACUGCAUCCCUCACGCCCUCGCCUCUCCUGCCGCCUGACAGCCCCUACCCGCUCCUCACCACACCCAGUAGUUUCCCUAGGCGAGCGCACUUCCCUGACCUCCCGCCCCCUCCACCAUCCGCUGGUGCUGCCACCCUUCAGCUGCCCCCAUGGGCCCCCAGCAAAGACGCCCCCUCAGCCCCACCCAAGAUGCUACACGAGGGGGUAGGCUGGAGCAGAGCUCAGGCCUCUCUAUGGUGGUGGACUCCGUGGUGGACCAUGGAGAGGAGGGGGACAGAGAGGGUGGACAUAGCUGGGGCACGGUGCAGCUGAGGGGGAA